CCACAGCUCAGCAGCAGCGGCCAGCGGCUGAAGCCCGUCUGCGCCCACCGUCUGUCUGCUUCGCUCCGACACCAACUGAACGUGUUUUAAUCACCGGGAAAGUUUUCAGGCGGACGGGAAGGAGACCAGCUCGGAAUAUUUCAUGGUUGGAGUUUAAAAAUCCCUAAACUUCGCAUCAAAACAGACCACAGGGAGUGUUAGCUGGAGAUAAAUGGUGGCUGUGUGGCGUUAAAUGUGCUGCACACGGCCAUAAACGCUCAACUCUCACGGCCCCUUGUGUUGUUACUGAGGUAAAUAUUAAACCAGAGGAGGAAAGGAGCUGUCGCUUAGCAAGGACAAGAGGCAGCAGAUGUUUGCUGACCAAACGCUCAGGAACACUUUUGGUACAUUCUCCAUCCAAACUACUUCCUUAAAGGUCCGCGCAGAGUCAUCGUCUGAAAGCGGAGAUGUCUUCCAAAACGCCGAGCUCCAGUAGCGUCGCGCAGGCCAGGCGGACGGUGCAGCAGCUGAGGAGGGAAGCUCGCAUCGACAGGAUAAAAGUGUCCAAGGCUUCAUCAGACCUGAUGCGCUACUGUGGAGAGCAUGCCAAGAACGACCCUCUCCUUAUGGGCAUCCCAACCUCAGAGAAUCCCUUCAAAGAAAAGAAACCUUGCACUGUUUUGUAGCUGAAUACCCAAACUGUUGCUUUUCUACACUCUUAUGUAACAUGGCUGUUAGUAGUUUGAACAAACUUGCCUAAAAGCCUCGGUGGUGGUUGACUUUUUUUCACAUUUACCAUUUUUUUUCCAGAUUAUAAAUUGCAGGGGUUUUUUUUAUAGUUUGUCUGAUUCUGCAUCUUAUAGCCCAGUGUGACUUGUGUAUGAUUUUUUUCUCUUUUAUUUCUCUUCUUGUAUUUUUUGACUGAUGCGUCAAAUGUUAAUUCAUACUGACGGUCAUGAACCAAGGCUAGGCUUGCAGCUGUGAGGAAGGGAAGGUGACCAGACCUGGAGGAACGAGUGUGUUGCCUCAACAACUUGUUCCUGUGAAUGGUGUAGUUACAUCUCUAUGCCCUGAAUGUUGCCAAGGAGAUGAACAUGUGACUUUGCAGGCAGGUCUUCUUGGUGCAACAGCUUCAUUGAACGCAACUGCCUGUCUCCAGGCGUCUCCGCUCCGCUGCGCACUUCACCGCCUAUGGCAGGAUAAUCUGACGAGGUGGCACGAAUUGUCAGAACAUUGGCAGAGUCGUUUCUGACCACCUGAUUUACGGCACGAACGUCGGUGCGUCAGAAACUGCCAGCAGACUACCAGGCUAAAGUCCACCGGUUCCGUGAGUUUGUUAAAAAACAACUGGAACUUUUCAUCAACAUGGAUGAGGUCAACCUUAUACUACGAGGCAACUUGCAGUCCGGAAAAUAUGGUACUCUUUAAAUAAAAGUAAAACCAAAGAACAGGGAGAAGUCAGAAACUUUUACGUCUAGGUAUAAUCUGCAUGUUAGCCCAGUGGUGGCUUCACAUUUCCUCUGUGGCAGCAAACGCCUGAUGAAUAAUUACCACAUCUUACCAAAACAAGACCCUUAACUCGUUGGGUCAAUCUGAUAGAAAAGCCUUUACCUCUUAAUUUCAUCAUGCCAGCUUGAGGAAGGAGGGAGUUUGUGCUCUACUGAUAAGGACCAUUCAAGAUAAUGACGUCCUGUCAGUGGGCCAGCAGGCUGCUGCCCAUUACUGCAUGACAAAUGGAGACGGUGAAGCUCUGUUGCUGGUGAUGGCCAGCUGUUGCCUCAGGCAGCCAUGGACUAACAAUCGCAAGUAGAGAUCAUGCUUGGUGUCCAUUUAUAGGUCGCUCCAAACAGCAGUGUCCAUGUGUGUUCCAUAGAGAACGUGGAUUCAUUCCUUAGUUUAUAGAUUUGUAAAAGAAAAAACAAAAACAACAUGUUGUACGACGGGCAGAUGUUGAAUCGUCACAAGGAUAAAAGAGAGCAGAUUUCCUGGAAUACGCUCAGCCUUCUGCUUUUCUGUUGAAAGUCUUGCCGUGUUGCAGCCUAAAAGAAGCACAGCCACAUAUCAAUAUACCGCUGAAUACAGAAAUACUGCAAACAAUUUGAAUAAAAGCCCAUUUAUUUCAUAAACUUUAUCUUUAAGUGAAACAUUAUAUAGAUUAACUACACUCAGACAAAUGUUUGUUAAUUACGAUGAUUUUCCACUCACAGCUAAUGAAAGCGAGACAUUUAAAAUUAAAAUAUUACACCAGACAGAUCAAAAAUAUAUUUGCAAAAACAGCGAGGAAAUGUAGGUUUAGUACCUGCUUAUUUUCAAAAGCUACUUUUAAUCUGACAAACGAGACGCAUCUGGAAAAAUAUUCACAUUUACUGAAAAUGUCUUUAGGAAAUACAGCUGGACUUUUCUUUGACAGUAUUUCAAACAUCUCACUGAUGCUGAACAGACUCAUUAUCAGUUCAGCUCAGUUUUAACAUGAACUCCGAGAGAAACAGGGCAACCAGAAAAAAAUCCUUUUUUUAUUUUUAGUUUUUUCUUUUGUUACUAUCCGUUAUGUCCUAAAGUAAAACACAACCCUCCUGGGUAAUUUGAAUAAAAAUUGUGGUUCUGAUUUUUGUUUCCAGCAGCAUAUUCCUAUUUAUGGGAGUUUUCCUGCCAUUAUUUUGGCUCUUUUCUUUUAUACAUUUUCAAUCUCCUUUGUGAGACACUGGUGGGUUACUGGACUGUGAAAGCUGGAUUUAAGUUGACCGUUAUACUUAGAGACAUUCUGUGCUCUUAAUCUCCUUACCUGUUUCAAUUAAUCUUUAAUUUGUUUGCUGCUACAGUUUUACUUUUGCCAGAGUCUUAUUCCCGAAGCCAGACAGCUUCAACUCUGAGAGCUACAUUUGUUUUAGUCACAUAAGUGCUUUAGGCUAAUACUGUGAAUAAUGAAGGCUUUAAGUGAGUAGUUUGCUUUUCACUGUGUAAUGGAUUAUUGCUUAUUUGUGUCAAUAAACAGUGCUGAGAAGAAGUAUUUGCCCCAUUA